AUGGCGGCUGCUCCUCGACGCGGUAGGCCAAGGAUUCAUGGCCCAGAAUUCUCUCCUGAAAGCACAUGGGCUGAACUAUCCAGAAACAUACGCGAAAUCCAAAAUCACAAAGCAUCAACCCUUUCAUUUGAGGAAAAUCACCGUUAUGCAUACAAUAUGGUCCUAUAUAAACAGGGUGAUAUGUUGUACAGAGGUGUCAAACGCCUUGUUAUGGAAAAUCUGGAAUCGCUGGCUAAGGAGGAGAUCAUCCCAGCGUUUCCAACUGGAACGACCGAUCCAAUAAUGCAGAAUACCGAGGAGGAAGUUCUUCUUAAAGCCCUCCGCAAGGUCUGGGAUGAUCAUAAAAGCAAUAUGGUUCGGUUAGGACAGAUAUUAAAAUAUAUGGACCGCGUACAUACCAAGUCUGCUCAAGUCCCUACAACCAAUGAAAUGGGUCUCGAACUAUUCCUUAGCCACAUAAUGAAAAAUCCCAUCAAGGAGCAUAUUGUCACCGCGAUUUUGAAUCAAAUACGACACGAACGAGACGGAAACGUCAUUAAUCGAUCAGCUGUAAAGGAAUGUGUUGAUGUCUUCCAGAGCCUCCAGUAUGAAAAUACGCCCACAGCAACAAUUUACAAACGUGAUUUGGAACCCCCGCUGUUGGAGGCUAGCAGGGCUUUCUACCAAAAAGAAGGGCAGGAGCUCGCCACUACAUGCACAACUCCAGAGUUCUUGAUCUUAGUGGAAGCGCGCUUUGAAGCAGAGCAAUCGCGGACACAUCAUUACUUGUCCAGUCAGACUAGUCAUCCCCUUCUUCAAAUCUUAAAGGAUACCCUACUGGACCCACAUAUAGAGAACGUAAUUGCAAAGGAAUCUGGUCUGGAUUCUAUGAUUGACAACAACAAAACAUCAGAUCUUUCACGCCUUUUCCGAUUGUGUCAGAAAAUUGGGAAAGGCUUGAAAUGUUUAGAAUCAUCGUUGAAGAAAUCUAUCGUCCGCAGAGGACAAGAGAUUAACGCUGCAUCAACAGGAGACGAGUUUGGCGAACCUGACGCCGAGGGCAAAGAGACGGAACAAUCUACCAAAGGGAAAGGAAAGGCACGACCCCCUAAAGCAUCUGGUAUUGAGCCAGCCAUAAAUUGGGUUCAAGAAGUCCUCAACCUCAAGGAUAAAUUCGACGUAGUAUGGAAAACUUGUUUUGAAAGUAAUAGAGCCAUUGAAAGUGCCUAUAACGAUGCCUUUGGGACGUUUGUCAAUCAAAACGAAAAGUGCUCCGAAUUCAUUUCUCUGUUCAUCGACGACCAUCUAAAAAGGGGACUUAAAGGCAAAUCUGAUGUUGAAGUCGAUGUUAUCCUCGAUAAAACGAUCACCAUUUUCCGCUUCAUCUCAGAGAAAGAUGUGUUUGAACGAUAUUACAAGGGUCAUUUGGCGAAGCGUCUCCUUCAAGGGAAAUCAAUCUCCGAUGAUGCUGAACGCGGGAUGCUUGCAAAAUUCAAAGUGGAACAAGGAAUCCAGUUUACUCAGAAGAUGGAAGGAAUGUUUAACGACAUGAAGAUAUCCGCUGACAUGACGAAGGAGUACCUGGAACAUGUCGCGAAGACAACAGCCCCUGAAAUUGAACUGAACGUUACAGUCAUGACCUCAAAUGCAUGGCCAAUGACUCACUCGGCUUCAAAAUGCCUACUUCCUCCGAAAAUGUCAGAGGCAUGCCAAUCUUUUCAGCAUUUUUACCUUGGACGGCAUCAAGGGCGUCGUUUAACGUGGCAAUUUUCUCUCGGAAAUGCCGAUGUGAUAGCAAGAUUCAAAAGUAAAACGCACGAGCUUAACGUUUCGACUUUUGCUUUGGUGAUCCUUCUUUUGUUUGAAGAUCUUGGCGACGGUGAUACCCUAGGUUAUUCAGAAAUUAAACAAAACACUGAGAUAGAUGAACCUGAACUCAAAAGACACCUCCAAUCCUUGGCCUGUGCAAAGUACAAAAUAUUGAAGAAACAUCCUCCAGGACGUGAUAUCAACCCAAAUGAUACAUUUUCGUUCAAUAUCGAUUUCUCAUGCCCCAUGAAGAAGAUCAAGAUUGGUACAAUUUCUUCGAAGGUCGAGAGUAACGAAGAGAGAAAGGAAACUAUCGAUCGCGUCGAAGAUGAAAGAAAAUAUCAAAUGGAGGCUUGCAUUGUUCGCAUUAUGAAGGGCCGGAAAAAGAUGACGCACAAUGAUUUGGUCCAUGAAGUUACUCAACAACUGACAAGCAAAUUCAUGCCCGAACCUCUGGCGAUCAAGAAGCGGAUAGAAGGGUUGAUCGAAAGAGACUAUCUGCAACGUUGUGAUGACCGCAAAUCAUAUGAGUAUUUGUUGUGCUCUUUUUUGAGCAAAGCUCUCGACAUAUCAAGGUCUUUAAUAUCUAGUCCAUGCAAAGUCCGUAAAGAAUUGACGUUUUGCCUGUGCCUGCCCAACUUGGGCAUCCCAGUAAAGCCUGCCCACAUGCUUUUAAGUACCGACAUUGUGAGUUUGGUUGAAAAUUAG